CACAACACCAUGCAGCCUCUCUGCGUUGCUACGGGCCUCUUAAUCCCGAUCCGCGAGGCUAGCCAGCACAACUCCGUUCACCGCCGCUUGGCAGACAAGUCCGCUGCGGCCAAUGAGAAGGGAGCCGCUCCAUGCGCGCUGGCGGCACUUGCCGAAAUUCACCCGCACCUACGAAAUUCGCCUAGCCCACCGAAGCUGCCGCCCUCAAGAUUUCGCUGGCCAGACGAUUUUGACCGACAAGACAUACUAACCUCUCGAUUGCGAUAUGGAGACUGUCACUUGCGACCAGCGAAUGCUGACAAUGUCCGUCUAGUCCUUAAGGUCGGCCGUGUUGCCAUCAUCAGCCGUGGCAGAUAUGCAGGCAAGAAGGUCGUCAUCAUCCAGCCCGUUGACCAGGGCACCAAGUCCCACCCCUUCCCUCACGCUCUUGUCGCCGGCAUUGAGCGCUACCCUCAGCAAGUCACCCGCCGCAUGUCCAAGGGUCGCCAGGCCAAGCGCUCAAAGGUCAAGCCUUUCAUCAAGGUCGUCAACUACAACCACAUCAUGCCCACCCGCUACACUCUUGAGCUCGAGGGCCUGAAGGGUGCCGUCACCAACGACACCUUCAAGGAGGUUUCGCAAAGAGAGGACGCCAAGAAGAACAUCAAGAAGGCCCUCGAGGAGCGUUACCAGAGCGGCAAGAACAAGUGGUUCUUCACUCCUCUCAGAUUCUAA